AUGAGCUAUGAAGAACCCCAUCUCAUCGGAGCCUCUCUACCGGACCUCCCUUCGGACCACGGAACAGUGCAGCAAGCUCCGCCACAGGUACCUACGACAUCUUCUUCUACGCCGCUUGUGGUCACAAUAGCGGCAUCCGAUCCAAAAGACAGUGCCAAACACGAGCAUGGUAUCCAGUGCGUUUUGAUCGCCCCAACGGACAAACGGUCUAUGUCAACUGGCGCGAUCCUUGUUGGCCCCGGCAAGGUGUCAAUGUCCAAGAACAUCAUAUGGAACGGACGCAAGUCUGCGAAUCUUGUCGGGAAUCUUUUCGUCAAUCCAGGAACUCUUAGACAUCUUUUGCAAACUUCAACCGCUGCAUAUAUCUACGCUAUGCUCCCAUUCGUUAACUCGUCUCUUCUUCUCAUCAGCACACCCUCCACAACCAAAAGACACAAAAAACCCCCAACCGCCACCAGCAUACCCACCACCAACAAAAGCCUAAUCCGGAAACACUCAGCAUCAACCAUGUGUUACUACAACAUCUUCUACUUCGAAUGCGGCUGCGAAUCCCAGUCCCCCGCCUUCCAAUUCCCCUGCCGGCCAGCGCGCGCCGGGCAGCGAAGCGUCUACCACGCCUUCGACCACCACCACGGCCCACCCCAAGCCUGCCCUCUCUUCAUGGUCCACCGGGAGAGAAUCACCCCCGGCAAAUGCGCCUCUCACAGCCUCCAGGCGCAGCUUGAGAAACGAAUCAAGGCGCUGAAGGACGAAAUCCAACAUUUGAAGGACGACAUUGCGGAGCACCAGGACCUCAUCGAUCAGGAGAAGAAAGUGAGACGGGCUCGGAACCACGGCCGUCCGGGAUAUGGAGGAACCGGGUGGACAUGGUGA